AUCAGGACGUGGGUGACGUUCUCCCGCCAGCCGCAUGUGACUGGCUAUUGACAACCGAGGUGGAGGGGGAUGACCUGCCGCCCUGUUUACUGUUAGUGUUGUCGGCGAUGCUAAAGUGCAGCGAGGCGGAGGAAAUGGGCACACGCUUGAGGGAGUGAGAGAGCCUUGCUGUGUGGCGUGUGCGGGGCGUGAUGGCGGAGCAGCAGCCACAGCAGGCGGGCCAGAACAACAGGCCUCCCUCGCUCAACAUGUCCGCGACUCCGUCAGGACGCCGGAGUAAUCUGCGACUGGCCUUCCCUGGUCAGCCAAAAACCAACAAUGACCGUCCACACAACAACCUAGAGUUCCCUGCUUCGGGCUACCCUACCACUCAAAUGCAUCCAAGAGCAUCACCUCCACCAGUACCGCCUAGAAUCACUGUGAGCAGUGCAGGCACAAAGAGGGAGGGGCGUAGCAAGUCCUCCCCUGGAGGUGUGCGUGCAGCUCGUGUUGCCAUGAUGGGUCGGCCCAUGGAUACUGAUGUGGCUGGCUUGCGUGGGACACCUGUUCCUGCAUUGGUUAGAGCCACCCGCCUCUCCUCAGCCUCACCGCCUCCCCCCCCCAUGAGGAUUCCACAGAAUGUACGAGAGCAAAAAAAAAAGCACUUGGUGCUGCAUCUCCCACCUCCACACCACCACGGUCAACACCCUCGUCAUGAGUCUCUCAGGGACCGCAGCCAGAAGAGUUCAAAGACCAUCGUCCCUGUACCUCCUGCACCAAGGGACAGAAUUACGCGGGGAAUGUACCAAAGCAUCCAAUCUUCAGGCAAGCUCAAAAUAUCUCCUGAAUUGCAAGUUGAGUUCACUGCAGAUGAUCUCCGUGACCUCGGUGAGAUAGGGCGUGGUGGCUUUGGCACUGUCAACAAGAUGGUCCACCGGAAAAGCAACACUAUCAUGGCUGUUAAGCUUAUGUGUAUGCCACAGCGAAUCCGCUCAACUGUUGACGAAAGAGAACAGAAGCAGUUGCUGAUGGACCUGGAGGUGGUGAUGCGCAGCAAUGACUGUCCCUGUAUUGUACAAUUUUAUGGUGCCAUAUUUAAAGAGGGAGAUUGUUGGAUAUGUAUGGAGCUCAUGGACACCUCCCUUGACAAGUUUUACAAGUUUAUAUAUGAACGAAUGCAUGAAAGACUUCCUGAGAAUAUGCUGGGAAAGAUCACAGUUGCAACUCUCACAGCAUUAAAUUACCUCAAGGAGAAGCUGAAAAUAAUACACAGAGAUGUGAAGCCCUCAAACAUUUUGCUGGACAAGCGAGGCAACAUAAAGCUCUGUGACUUUGGUAUCUCUGGCCAGCUGGUGGACUCCAUCGCCAAGACUCGAGAUGCUGGUUGUCGACCUUACAUGGCGCCUGAACGCAUAGAUCCUGCACGUGCUCGCGGAUAUGAUGUGAGGUCCGAUGUAUGGUCACUUGGCAUCACUCUCAUGGAAUUGGCCACAGGCAGCUUCCCAUACCCUAAGUGGAACUCUGUGUUUGAGCAGCUGACCCAGGUGGUACAAGGAGAGCCACCCCGUCUCUCACCCAAUGAAAAUGGAAACACAUUUUCAGAAGAGUUCGUGUCUUUUGUCAACACGUGCCUCAUCAAGGACGAGAGUUCUCGCCCAAAGUACAGGCAACUUCUUGAGCAUCCAUUUGUGAUGCGCUCCAAAGCUGACCCCAUGGACGUGGCGGAGUUUGUCUCUGGCAUACUUGAUAAAAUGGCCAACAACGGGAGAGUAAUGUAUACCUACGACUCAUACAACUGCUGAUGAUGAAUGUGGCAUAGCAGUAAAUGGCUUAUCAAUUGAUGUGUAAGUCCUGGAGUUCCACCUAGAAAGACCUCCACUUCCAAGAGAUGGAUGAUUUGAAGAGCCCAGGCAGUGCAGCAUUUAUGUGUACAACUGAGAAUUCACCUCUAAGUCGUAACUUUUGGCCAUCUCUUUUCACACUGACAGUUUCUGCUGCAAUGUAAACAGAAAGCAUGGCAGAAAAUAAUCUAUAAACAUCUUUUCCUCUUAAGAAAAUAAUUAAGAUAUCAAAACAGUAAUUUUAUGUCUAACCAGACAGUUGAUAACAUGCAUUGCCAAGGGUACAUCCACCUAGUACAUUGGGUUUGCUAUGAAAGGCUUUCCCAGAGGUUUUCCUGAUGGUGUAUUAAAAUGCAUAAACUCGCUGAACAUUGUAUGCCCCUCUGGACUGAGGCAUGCACAGAUAGGAUCCAUGCAGAACUGUCAGACAUCAACAUUGUCUUCAGUGUGACAUCAGUAACAGUUGAGUGUAUAUUGAAGGCAAAAAGGGAUCUUAUGAGAUGCUGCCUCAAUUAUGAAUGGGAGUGCUUUGCAUCCAGUUUUCUCACAGAUGAUAUUUUAAGAUGCAUUGCUUCUUAAAUAAAGACAAGUAUUGAGUGACUGCAACUUUGUCAGAUCACAGCUGUUACAAAGUCAUUAAUAUGUUUAUUGUUCUGAUGAACUUGCAUUUCUUGAUACAUCAAAGAGUUGAAGAAAAUAAGAGGCGAUUGCCUCAUAAAAUUUAUUGUAUCAUAACACUCAAUUUAGUAUAUAAAUAUUUAGAAAGAUGACUAUUUUUAGUGCCAUUGUUACAUAGUGUGAUUAUGAUUUUAAGACUUAAGAAGAUUAUUUAUUUAUUAUAUAGUGUUGACUUGCAGAUCCUUAGAAGUACUAGAUCAUUGUGUGUGAGGGUGAAAGAAAUAGAAGUGACAAAUAUGAGUCUUGUAUUUGAGGAUUGCUUGCUUUGCAAAUGUUGAUUGUCAGCUCAUAGUUGAUAUAAUAGUCAACUUCAACUUCACUCACUAAAGUGUUUACUGCAAUAUGUCUUCAUAUCAAGUCUGAAAAUAUCUAUAAAUCAGGGUUCUUUCAUGCCAGUUAAAAUUCUCUCUCUCUCUCUCUCUCUCUCUCUCUCUCUCUCUCUCUCUCUCUCUCUCUCUCUCUCUCUCUCCUUAAACUUAGGAUUAAGGACAGACCACCUAGUCUGGACCUUAGGGUCUUUGUGGUCUGAAUUUCUAUGUAAAUCUCUCUCUCUCUCUCUCUCUUUUCUGAUGUCUAAUCUCAGCAAAUACAAAGUGACGUUGCAGUUAAUCAAAUAUUGCAGUAUAUGGUUAAUACCUAGUGAAGUGCAUGUAACUCUUAUAAAUGCCUUUUUAUUUUAUAUAGGGCUCACAAGGUUAUUUCAUGAAAAUUUUUAGUUUCAGGGCAAAUGAACUCUGGGUAACAUAUUGGGCAAUAUAAGUGCCUCUGUUGUUAAGCAAUGGUAUGAAUGCAAUUUUAUUGAGGGUUAAAGUGAGUUGUAUUGUACUCAAAAUAUUGUUGACAAGUCAUGUGAGAUUUAUGUAUUAGGAAUCAUGUGUUGGCCAGCUUCAAAUAGACAGAUUACAUGCUAAUAGAAAUUGACAAAUCUUAUAAGUAAACAUGUUCACAUGGUUGAGGAUUUCCAUUUUGUCUAAGAAGGUAAAGGCCCACCUGCAUUAGCUCAGUAAAUAUAGGUACCAAGUAUAUAUCCUAAGUGAAGAAGGGAAGGGACUUAACCUUCUAGUAAUGCUUCAUGUUGUUGCAGGCAUGUCUUGUGAAAAUAAAACUAUAUAUUUU